UCGAGCAGUGGGCGGGUGUCUCGGUGAGCCCGGAAGGCAAUAGGAGGCUGGGACCCCGGCAUGUGGAUGCGGGAGCCGGGUGGGCUCGUCCGCGGGAGCUAGCGGCUGACUGCGCAGCGGGAUCAGGAGCCCGUGGCCGGGCGCCGGGCAGCCCUCUUUAUAGCCUGGAAAAAAUGGCAGACCUCGUAGCUGUGUGGGACGUUGCAUUAAGUGAUGGAGUCCACAAGAUAGAAUUUGAGCAUGGGACCACAUCUGGCAAACGAGUUGUGUACGUGGAUGGGAAGGAAGAAAUAAGAAAAGAGUGGAUGUUCAAAUUGGUGGGCAAAGAAACCUUCUGCGUUGGAGCUGCAAAAACCAAAGCCACCAUAAAUAUAGAUGCUGUCAGUGGUUUUGCAUAUGAGUACACUCUGGAGAUCGAUGGGAAAAGCCUUAAGAAGUACAUGGAGAACAGAUCAAAGACCACCAACACCUGGGUGCUGCACUUGGACGGCGAGGACUGGAGAGUGGUUCUGGAGAAAGAUACUAUGGAUGUAUGGUGCAAUGGCCAAAAAAUGGAGACAGCAGGCGAGUUUGUAGACGAUGGGACUGAAACACACUUCAGUGUUGGGAACCACGACUGUUACAUAAAAGCCGUCAGCAGCGGGAAGAGAAGAGAAGGGAUUAUCCAUACACUCAUUGUGGACAACAGGGAGAUCCCAGAGGUCUCUCAGUGACUGCUUCCUAAUGAGUUCUGGGCUGAAGAGGUGACAUCAGGUCUUGCUAAUGACUGUGGUAAUUAAGUGUGUUCACGCUGUACAUAUUGGUAGAUUUAAUCUGCAAUGUUUUUAUUUUUAUCUUUUGUUACUUGAAACUGUAAUAUUCCAAUGGUCAAGAAAAAUGGAAUCAUAAAAAUUUAUUUUUUAACUACUGUGUUUCUAAUUCAAAUGGAAAAUAAAAUAUGGACCAAAACCACUAACAUCUCACCACAGUAACCUUGACUACAGUAAACACUGUAAAAUAAAAAUGGUGCUGCUGGCUGUGUCCGACA